AAUUUCAGUUGAAAACGAGGCGUCCAACAGAGCGGUGUUGAUUCAAAAGCCGCUGGAACAGCUGGAAGAAUACCAUUGUGCUCUCUCGCGCUCUCACUCUCUUUUGAUCGCCAAGCCAACACGUGGGCGUGCAUUAAUAGAGCGAUAUUAUUGCUUUAAAAACGUGAUUAGUUUUUGCGGAUUCCGAACCUAAAUAUGUCGCAUAUCGUUCUGGUAAUUGGAAGCGGCGGUCGGGAGCACGCGAUUUGCUGGAAGUUAUCGCAAUCCCCGAAAAUUUCCAAAAUAUACGCCUUGCCCGGCAGCCAUGGAAUUAAGCAAGUGGACAAGUGCCUCAAUCUGGACGCCCAGACUUUGGAUCCUAAGGAUUUCGAGGCCAUUGCCAAGUGGAGCAAGGAAAAUCAGAUUUCCCUAGUGGUUGUGGGACCCGAAGAUCCCUUGGCCUUGGGUUUGGGCGAUGUGCUCCAGAAUCAUGGAAUCGCCUGCUUUGGACCUGGCAAACAAGGUGCCCAAAUCGAGGCGGACAAAAAGUGGGCUAAGGACUUUAUGCUGCGUCAUGGCAUUCCAACGGCACGCUAUGAGAGCUUCACGGACACGGAUAAGGCCAAGGCAUUCAUCAGAAGCGCCCCUUACCCAGCUCUGGUGGUGAAGGCCGCUGGUUUGGCGGCUGGAAAGGGCGUGGUGGUGGCUGCCAAUGUGGACGAGGCCUGCCAAGCGGUGGACGAGAUCCUGGGACAGCUGAAGUACGGCCAGGCGGGAUCCACACUGGUGGUAGAGGAGCUGAUAGAGGGCGAAGAGGUGUCCGUGCUGGCCUUCACCGAUGGCAAAAGCGUGCGGGUCAUGCUGCCCGCCCAGGAUCACAAGCGUCUGGGCAACGGGGACACGGGUCCGAACACCGGAGGCAUGGGCGCCUACUGCCCAUGUCCCUUGAUCAGCCAGCCAGCCCUCGAACUGGUCCAAAACGCAGUGCUGGAAAGGGCAGUAAAGGGUCUGGUCAAGGAGCGGAUCACCUACCAGGGCGUUCUCUACGCGGGACUCAUGCUGACCCGUGACGGCCCUCGAGUCCUGGAGUUCAACUGUCGGUUUGGCGAUCCCGAAACGCAGGUUAUCCUGCCGCUCCUCGAAACCGAUCUCUUCGAAGUAAUGCAGGCCUGCUGCACAGGACAGCUGGACAAGGUUCCCCUGCAAUGGCGCAAUGGAGUUAGCGCCGUAGGUGUGAUCCUAGCCAGUGCUGGCUAUCCAGAGACCUCCACCAAGGGAUGCCUUAUAGCCGGACUGCCGGCCGCCAAUUCCCCCACUCAAUUGGUUUUUCACAGCGGCCUUGCUGUGAAUGCAAAAAAGGAAGCCUUGACCAACGGCGGUCGGGUCCUUAUCGCCAUUGCUCUGGACGGCAGCUUAAAGGAGGCCGCCGCCAAGGCCACCAAAUUGGCUGGCAGCAUCACCUUUUCGGGAUCUGGAGCUCAGUACAGGACGGACAUUGCCCAGAAGGCAAUCAAAAUAGCUACUGCUGGCUCCCCGGGUCUGAGUUACAAGGACAGCGGCGUGGAUAUCGACGCUGGGGAUGCGCUCGUGCAGCGCAUCAAGCCCUUGUCCCGUGGCACCCAGCGUCCAGGCGUCCUCGGGGGCCUGGGUGGAUUCGGAGGACUCUUCCGGAUAAAGGAACUCAGCUACAAGGAGCCAGUGAUUGCAGAGGCCACCCAGGGGGUGGGCGCCAAGAUCCACCUGGCCCUGGAGCACGAGCUGUACGAAAACGUUGGCUACGACUUGUUCGCCCUGGCCGCCAACGAUCUCCUGGAGCUGGGCGCCGAACCGGUGGCUUUCUUGGACUACAUUGCCUGUGGCAAGCUGCACGUUCCCCUGGCCGCCCAGUUGGUCAAGGGAAUGGCUGACGGUUGCCGCGAUGCGCGGUGCGCAUUAGUUGGUGGCGAAACUGCCGAGAUGCCAUCUCUUUAUGCGCCCGGUCAGCAUGACAUGGCUGGCUACUGCGUGGGAAUCGUGGAGCAAUCGCGGAUCCUGCCCCGCUUUGAUCUUUACCAGCCGGGUGACCUCCUCGUCGGUCUGCCCUCGUCUGGACUCCACUGUGCUGGCUUCAACGAGAUACUCACCCAGUUGGCUGCGUUGAAAGUGAAUCUCAGGGAUUGCUCGCCCGUUGACGGUGGUGAGGAUGGCCUGACCUUGGCUCAUGUCCUGGCCACGCCCACACGCCAGUAUGUCCAGCAGUUGCUGCCUCAUCUCCAAAAGGGCGAUGAGAUCAAGGCGGUGUCCCACGUUACCCAUGGUCUGCUGAGCGAUGUCCUGCGCCUUCUGCCCGAAGGUUAUGAGACGACACUAGACUUCGGGGCGGUGCCGGUGCCCAAAAUCUUUGGCUGGCUGUCAGGCAAGCUGAAGCUCAGUGCCCAGGCGCUCCUGGAGCGGCACAACUGCGGCAUUGGCAUGGUUCUGAUCCUGCCGCAGUCGAGUCAACUAUGGCGGACAUCCCUGCCAGGAGCCAAAGUGCUGGGUGUCCUGCAGCGGCGGUCAAAAACCAGCGGGUCACCCGUUCAGGUGCGCAACUUUGUGGAGCAACUGCAGAAGGUGGCCUCUCCGUUCGGUGGCCUUGGCGAGCGUGAGCUACCCGAGGAGCUGAAGGAACUGACCGCCAAGCUGAGCCUAGCACCUCCUCGUGAAGAGUGCUUUGAAAACGCGUCUGGGCGUCGGCUCACACGCAUUCCCAGUCACUACGAGGACCCCAUUCUCAUCCUGGGCACCGACGGCGUGGGCACCAAGCUGAAAAUAGCCCAGCAAACGAACCGCAACGCCAGCGUGGGAAUCGAUCUGGUGGCCAUGUGCGUCAAUGACAUCCUUUGUAACGGAGCUGAACCCCUCAGCUUCUCAAGCUACUACGCAUGCGGCCACUGGCAGGAGGAGCUGGCCAAGGAGGUCCUCUCUGGAGUUCAGGAGGGUACCAGGCAGGCCAACAGCAGUUUUAUUGCCUCACACAGUGCAGCUCUACCGCUGCUGUAUGGGCCGCAGGUCUAUGAUCUGGCUGGCUUUGCCUUGGGCAUAACUGAACGCUCCGGCAUCCUGCCACUUCUGGACGAAAUUCAGCCAGGAGAUGUGCUCGUCGGCCUGCCUUCGUCCGGUGUCCACAGCAACGGAUUCAGCUUGGUCCACGCCGUCCUAAAGCGUGUGGGACUGGGACUGGACGACAAGGCGCCUUUCAGCGAGAAGACGCUGGGCGAGGAGCUGCUGGUGCCCACCAAGAUAUAUGUGCAGGCACUGUCCUCCCUGCUGUCCAGAGGGAAUCACGGCAUCAAGGCAUUGGCCCACAUCACAGGAGGUGGCCUCAGCGAGAACAUACCGCGAGUGCUGCGCAAGGACCUGGCCGUGCGUCUCGAUGCCAACAAGUACCAGCUUCCUCCCGUUUUCGCCUGGCUGGCGUCAGCCGGAAACAUCAGCUCCACCGAGUUGCAGCGCACCUACAACUGUGGACUGGGCAUGAUCCUGGUGGUGGCUCCCACGCAAGUUGAGGCGGUGCUCAAGGAGUUGCGCUAUGCCCAACGUGCUGCUGUCGUCGGGGAGGUGAUUGCCCGCAAGGACACGAAGAAACCGCAGGUGCUGGUCCAGAACUUCGAAGCGUCGUUGGCCAGGACUCAGAAGAUCCUAUCGCUGCCGCGAAAACGAGUGGCCGUCCUCAUCUCGGGCACGGGCAGCAACCUGCAGGCACUCAUAGAGGCCACGCGGGACUCGGCCCAGGGAGUGCAUGCGGAGAUCGUGCUGGUGAUCAGCAACAAGCCGGCUGUCCUGGGACUGGAACGUGCCACCCGCGCAGGGGUGCCGUCACUGGUCAUCUCCCACAAGGACUUUGCCAGCCGGGAGGUCUACGAUGCGGAGCUCACGCGAAACCUGAAGGCGGCUCGCGUGGAUUUGAUCUGCCUGGCCGGCUUCAUGCGAGUCCUGAGUGCUCCGUUUGUUCGGGAGUGGCGUGGACGCCUCAUCAACAUCCAUCCUUCGCUGCUGCCCAAGUACCCGGGGCUGCAUGUUCAACGGCAGGCCUUGGAGGCGGGCGAAAAGGAGUCCGGCUGCACGGUGCACUUCGUGGACGAGGGCGUGGAUACGGGAGCGAUCCUAGUUCAGGCCGCAGUUCCCAUUUUACCCGACGAUGAUGAGGACUCGCUGACGCAACGCAUACAUAAGGCUGAGCAUUGGGCUUUCCCCAGGGCAUUGGCGCUCCUGGCAAGCGGGGCAGUUCGACUUUCUCCGGAGGGAAGUCAGUGAGUUUGCGACAAAAGGUCUUAUGACAACUUGAAUGAAAAUCACAGGAAUGAAUUAAUCUAUAGAGCGUACAAACAUAUGUGUACACUGUACCAAUGUAAAGACAUAAUUCCCUAACUCAAAGACUAAAAACAAGUCGAAUUAGUUUUAAAUCCAAUCUCUAAUUAUUUUUGCAAAAGUUUUGAUAGGUUAAGCAUGACGUUUUUUAUUAAUAAAUAUUAUUUACAAAAUUUA